GUGACUUUGAAUUAAAAGCGAUAUGCCUCCAGAAAGUGAUGGAUGCAGGUUAGAGUGAGCUCAGUCACCAGAGUAAAAUUCGGGUGUGUCCGUUUCUUAGCUGGGUUUCAUGUGAGGAGAUGGAGGAGAGGUGAUGGUGCUACAGCUAGGAUACCAAGCCAGUGACCACUGUUCAAGACCGUGUUUCAACACUCGCAGGUCUUAUCCCAGUUCUGUUCUUGCUGACAGAACCACGAAUAUUUAAGCUAAAAUGUGACAAAACACGAUCUUUUCCUAAUCCUGACCAAGAAUCAGCAGAGUCAGCAUGUCUGUGGUUUGAAUAUUUGUUCUGCUGAUUUGAUGGCAACUGGCAGCAUUUAAAUAAUGUUUUUAAAUACACUUGAGUUAUUAAAUCCAUGUGAGAUAGUCUCUCAUUAACAGAGUUUAAAAGGCUGCAGCUGCACGGCAAAAUCUGUGGAACAAUCUCUAAAAUAAUCUAAUAUAUAAAACAUAAACUGCCCUCAAAAAACUUCAACUAACCAACAGUGGUUAGAUAAACACUGUAACAUUUAACCUUCAGUGUGUGACCACCGUCCUGACUCUGUAACAGGGAAUUAGUUACCCACAGUUAAAAUGAUUGUUCACGAGGGGUUGAUGUUCAUUUGUCCACUUUCCUCUUCAUAAGAAGCAUCUCACCUGACAUCUAGUGGUUAGUUCAUGUGUGUUAGCUCAGUGCUAACGUUAACUGGGUCAGUGGGUUCAAAUGGGUGGACUUUGCCAGAUUAAACAACACAGAGCUGUGGACAUAGAACCACCUUAAAGGUCCUCUUCAAAUACUGACGCGUUCUGUUCUCUCUCUACUCAGACCCGUCACACUUUAGGUCCCGUCUGACAAUCCCAAAAUAUUGAGAAUGAGACUCAAAAAAUGUCCUUCAACAUGAAAUCUUACAGGCCCUAACAGCGAAAUGGUAAAAUGCUUUCACAGAACCUGCUCGCUGGAUCUAAAUCCAAUUUCAUGUGUAUACUAGCAGGCCUAGAAUAUAAAAGUUAUCUACAUCAAAACAAAGCCACCAGUUGCUAGCCUGGGUGACAGUUUAGCAAGCUAAUAACGCCAAAAACCAGCUGCUAGUCAAGUUGUUGCCAUGGCGUCAGCAGCUCUGGAGCUGAUGGGCUUCUUCCUGGGCCUGCUGGGGAUGCUGGGUACACUGGUGUCCACAGUGCUGCCGUACUGGAAGAUCUCUGCACACAUCGGCUCCAACAUCGUGACGGCGGUGGCCAACAUGAGGGGCCUGUGGAUGGAGUGUGUCUACCAGAGCACGGGGGCCUUCCAGUGCGAGACCUACAACUCCAUGCUGGCCCUGCCGGCCGACCUGCAGGCCUCUCGAGCCCUCAUGGUCAUCUCCAUCGUGCUGUCGGUCCUCGCCAUCGCCGUGGCGGUCCUGGGGAUGCAGUGCACGCUCUGCUUGGAGGGUUCAGGUGCAGUUAAGAGUCGUGUGGCCGGAGCCGGUGGCGGUCUAUUCCUUGCUGCGGGCUUCCUGGCGCUCAUACCUGUGGCGUGGACCACACACGAGGUGGUCCAGACCUUCUACCGACCAAACUUACCCUCCAGCAUGAAGUACGAGCUGGGGGAGUGUUUGUACGUCGGUCUGGCCUCUGCGCUCGUCUCCAUGCUGGGAGGAGGGUUGCUGUGUGUGUCGUGCUGCGACGAGCAGGAUGGCGGGCGUGGCCGACGGCACGGCGGGGGGUAUCCGUAUCCCAUAGGAGGCGGCACGCUGGGCGCAGGCGCACGGACAACCUCACAGACCUACCGCAACCCCACCCUGCAGGCUGGAGGCAUCAACACAGCCAGCAGGGGGGCGACGCUGGUCCGCAGCGCCAGCGGCAGCUCCCAGGGUGCACCUGGAGCCCAAGGUGCCAAGAAGCCCACUGCGGCAGGAUAUGACAUCACAGGAUACGUCUGAGGUCACUCCAUCGUUUGAUUCAAUAUAUUUAAACAGUGUAUUCAAAUGAAUGUUGUCGCUCAACUCUGAAGAUUUCUGGAAAGUUUUGUUAAAGAAAGUGGAACAGCUGGAGGACAGUUACCAUGACGACCGCCACAACAACACCGCCACAAACUGUCGGACAGUUUCUCUCGUCAGAUGUUUCAUCUUUUCUUACAGUUGUACAUUUAUAUGAUGUCACACAUCACCAUCACCUCAGGAGCAACACACACAGACGAAGAUUAAAGGAGCAGUUCACCCAUUAAUGUAACUCCAGUCCUCCUCUCCUCCUCCUGAGGAUAUAAAGUCCUCCUCUCCUCCUCCUGAUGAUAUAAAGUCCUCCUC